AUGUAUAGGUAUUUGAAAAAAAAAGCGAAAGCCGAUGAAAUUCUGCUGAAAACAGAUCUCAUCACUAAUUCGAAAUUAAAAACGAGUGUGCAAAAAGCUUACGACACUCGGUAUUCCCAGGCGGUCACCCAUCCAAGUACUAACCGAGCCCGACGUUGCUUAACUUCAGUGAUCGGACGAGAACUGGUGUAUUCAACGUGGUAUGGCCAUCUAACGGUUCAUGAAGACAAAGUUUUGAUAAAACGCUUUUCUACUAACAAAACUCAUUGA